UAUGAACGAAAGCAUCUGUCUGAAUUCUGAGGAUCUUGAAAAAAUUACGCGACAUAUUCGUCCGACUUUGAACAAUAUGAUGCAUGUAAAAAAAAUUUCCCUAUUUGUUUCCACAAUUUUCGUUGUCUAUACAAAAAAAAAAAAAAAAAUGUGCCAUAAGCUGAUAGCUAAUUCUCGAUCUCGAAUCAACUGUGUUAUGUCCCGUAAUUCUCUCUUUCUGUUUUCGGAAACUAUUCGGCAAUCCUCUUCCUCCGCCGCCGGUGCCAAACCUGCAAGACUGAACAAGAAAGAAUACGUACUUCUCCUUGAGCGCUGCAGAUCGAUCAAUUCCCUCAAGCAAAUCCACAGCCAAGUCCUCAUCUCCGGACUCGAUCAAAGCAGAGACAUCAUUGACGACCUCCUUGUUUUCCUCACCGAACCACUUUCCGGCAACAUUCACUAUGCCUUCAAGUUGUUUGAUUCUCUGCGCAACCCAUAUCUUUUUGCCUUCAAUCUCAUGAUCAAGGCCCUCACCAAGAAAGGUAGUCAUAAAAAUUCAAUCUUGCUUUUCAGUCGAAUGAGGGAAGAGAAUUUGUCGCCAGAUAACUUCACUUACCCCUUCGUUCUCAAGGCCUUCGGCUGUCUCCGUUUGGAUUCUGAAGGGAGGAAGACUCAUGGGCUUGUUUCAAAGAGUGGAUUUGAGUUUGAUCCAUUUGUUAGAAAUUCCCUGAUAGAUAUGUAUGCCGAAUUGGGUGAUAUUAAAACCGCACGAAUACUGUUUGAUGAAAUAUCUCAGACAGACGUUGUUACUUGGAAUGUGCUGAUUGCGUCUUAUGUCAAGUGUAGAGAGUUCGAAAUGGCGAUCUCUGUUUUUAAGGAGAUGGAAAAAGUUGGCGUAAAGGCUGAUGAAGCUACUUUGGUUAGCUCGAUCUCAGCUUGUAUAGCUUUAAGAAAUUUGGAGCAGGGGAAGAAGAUUCACAAUUACAUGAAGGAAAAGUAUCGUUUCAGUCUUCCUCUUGGCAAUGCAAUUUUGGAUAUGUAUGCAAAAUGCGGUGAUUUAUAUGCUGCAUUUGAUUUCUUCGAAAGCAUGCCUAUCAGAAAUGUGAUCUCAUGGACUUCCAUGGUUUCUGGUUAUGUGAACACUGGCCAGUUGGAUGAGGCUAGAAAGCUGUUUGACAGCGCCCCAGUAAAAGAUAUUGUUCUCUGGACUGCCAUGAUCAAUGGUUAUGUGCAGUAUAAUCACUUUGAGGAAGCUCUUGCUAUGUUCAGAGAAAUGCAGAUGAAAAAAAUUAAGCCUGAUAAGUUCACUGUGGUGGCUCUUCUCACAUUAUGUGCUAAUUUGGGAGCUCUGGAUCAGGGGAAGUGGAUUCAUAGAUACAUUGAAGAUAGCAACAUAAGAAUUGACAAUGUUGUAAGCACGGCGCUCAUUGUCAUGCACGCAAAAUGUGGUUCUGUUGAUAAGUCUUUGGAAAUAUUCAGGGAAGUGAAAAAAAAGGAUAGAGUUACAUGGACAUCAAUGAUUUGCGGCCUCGCCUUAAAUGGGCAAACGCAAAAUGCUCUUGAGCUAUUCUAUGAGAUGAAAGCACGAGGAGUCGAACCCGAUGAUAUCACUUUCAUUGGUGUUCUAAGUGCUUGUUGUCAUGGAGGGCUCGUAGAAGAAGGUCGUAGACAUUUCCGCGAGAUGAAGUUGGUGCAUCAAAUAGAACCUAAAAUUGAACAUUAUGGAUGUUUGGUUGAUCUUCUUGGAAGGGCUGGUCUUUUGGCUGAAGCUGAACGGUUGAUAGAGAGCAUUUCAGAUAAGAACAAUGAAGAUGUAUUGCCUCUAUGGGGAGCACUUCUCGGCGCUUGCAGAAUUCAUGGAAACAUACAAAUAGGAAAGAAGAUAGCUAUGCAAGUUGUGAAGCUGGAAUCAAUGAACUCCGGCCUUCACACGCUUAUAGCUAAUAUUUAUGCAGCAGCUGAUAGGUGGGAGGAUGUAACUGAAGUGAGGAAGAAGAUGAAGAAUUUUGGUGCUAAGAAGAUACCUGGUUGCAGCUGCAUUGAAGUGAAUGGCCUCAUCAGCGAGUUCAUCGUUGAUGAUAGUGAACAUCCUGAGACUACUGUGAUCUAUGCAGUUUUGAAUGGUUUGAGCAGAAUCAUGGAAAUGGAAGAGAUGGGCGUUUGUGUAAGUAGCAGAAUGGUGGAUAGAAAUGCAUGAUAUAAAUCACAUAUCAGAGCAUGAAGAUCCCACCAUCACACCGAUCUGGAGAGGGGAUGGUGCAUGCAGCCUUGAAUCUGAAUUUGCAUUCCAUGGCUCCAGACUCCCAGAUCAGAGAUAAAUUCAUGGUAUCAGAAGAUUAUAUUUAAUGAUGGGCUGAUUCAAAGUAAGUAAAAACAAUUUUGCAGUAAAUUAUAUACAUUUUAUUUGCAUUCCUUUUAGGCUUCGUUUGAGAUGACUUUCUUUCUGCUUUUUAUAACAAAAAAAUAAUUUUUUUUUUACUAGAAAGCUCUUUUAAGAAACAGUAAGAAAACCGUCCCAAACGAAAGCCUUAAUCUACACGUAUUUAUGCAACCAACCAGAGCCAACCAGACAUGUUCAAAGUAUAAACUACACAUUCAGAGAGAUGUUGCUAGGUGAAAAGCCAAACUGUUCCAUAGUGUUUGGUCCUCUACAACGAUUAUUUGAUUUAUUUUCCCUCCCAUUUUUUGAGCAUUUUAUUGAAGAAUCAUUUUGUGAAAACCAGGGGUAAGCAGCUGUGACAUUUCUUUAAUUAUUCAUCUUGUUGUCCUAUUAGAAUACUGUGUUGCCUUCUUGAAGCUAUUUUUUUUCCACUUGUUUAUUGUCGCUGAUAACAAAUCAGAUGGUGCAACGUGCAACAACAUAGGUUUUUAUUUCAAUCAGUUUUUAUAAAAUAUCUUAAAUUACAUAAUUAAAUAAAAAAAGUUUUUUUUUUAAUUAGAUUAUAAAUGAUUACUUUACAGUUUCAGUGAAGUCUAAUUUUAAAUCAAGGCAUUUCAGAU